AACAAAAACAACAUAAACACUUUAAUCUAUCAUCUUUAAGUAAGAUUCUGGGUCACCCUGCUAUAAAGAUGUGAUAAGAGAGUAGGAACUUACAUCGAAAGCAAAAUAUGAAAUUUUUUAAAGAUGCUCUCAAGACAUUUCAACUUAAACUCGGAACAAGCUAAGAUCGCAAAAAAUGUUUCAACGGAUAAGAAUAUUUCUCAUGUGCGCUGGUUUUAUCAGUUUCAGUGUUGUAGUUUUAAGUGAGCGUGAAAUCUCCGGUGAUAUCUUUACAUCGGAAACACGUAGUUUGUCGUAUAAUGUGAAUAAAAUUUAUAGAAAUAAAUGUUCCAGACAAGUUCCGGCCGUUCUAUUUCGAACCGAGAGAAAUGAACUAAUUCAAGGCAACGGAACGACAAUUCACUUUCAUCAAAUCGAAGAUUGUUGUGAUGGCUACAAACGAACUCGAUACGAUUGGAAUCGUUGUGAACCGGAUUGUGGGACAAAGUGUAAAAACGGUUUUUGUACAUCGCCAGGACAAUGUGAUUGCUUCGAUGGAUUUACGAAAAACGAUCGUGGGGAAUGUGUUUUCGCAUGUCCUUUGGGCUGUGAAAAUGGACGUUGUUUUCUAAAUGGAACUUGUCGUUGUAACGACGGCCAUACAUUGGAUCCAACUCGAACUUUUUGUAGACCACAUUGCAGGCCGGCUUGUGGUCAUAAUCAGAUUUGUGUUGAGACAAAUAAGUGUGAGUGCAGAGAUGGUUAUCAGAUGACAGCAAUUGGUUGUCAACCAAUUUGUACUCCCGAUUGUGGUCAUGGGAGGUGUUAUGCACCGAAUAAGUGUGAAUGUUUUGCAGGAUUUGGUAUGAGACUUCCGAGGACUGUGUGUGAAGCUGAGUGUUAUAUGAUUUGUGAAAAUGGAUUUUGUGACUCUCGAUAUAGAUGUCAAUGUUAUGAUGGAUUUAGAUAUGAUGAGAAUACAACAAGCUGUCUGCCAGAUUGUGGGGAUAAAUGUGAAAAUGGUGUUUGCAAACAACCUGGAGUUUGUCACUGCUUCGAGGGAUUUGAGUUGAAAGAUAAUACUUGCGUGCCAAAAUGUGAACAUGGCUGUGGCUAUUAUGGCAAAUGUGUUGCUCCUAAUGUCUGUGGCUGUGGUCUCUCCAAUCAACAAUGUUCCUUUGGCAAUUGUGAUGCCUUCGGUAAGUGUGUUUGUGGUGAAGGACUUGUUCGAUUCGUUGACAAAUGUGUUGCACCAAAUCGAAUGGAAAGCUUAGUUAGUAGUUAUGAGCAAAGAUCAAUCUAUAAUCAACAAUUACGAUUGGAAUUUAAUAAUUUAAUUGGAAGACAUUUUGGUGAUUUAUAUUCAUUUUAAAAAAAUGUUGUACUAUAAAAGU